GUUCCUCCAUCUUGACCUCGAGUCCUCUAUUCAAACAUGACAGACAACAAUGAUCUCACAGACAAUGGAUCCCAGUCCGAUUCAUGCUCAGACAAUAGUUCUGAAGAGGAGGAAGAAAUAAUUACCCAGGAAUACUUGGAUUCCCUUCUCGACAAAGCGAGAAAAAACCUCCCCAGGCAAACGCCAGCCACAGAAGCAGCGGUACGCGAAGAAGAGUUAAUUGUUUUACCAAAAGAAGAACCUUCUGUUCCCUUACCUCCAUUAGACCCAGGUCCUGUUCCAAAACCCUAUUUCCAACUCCGUCAGACUCUCUACGAACCGUCGUCAUUACGAGAGCCAGAAGCUGAACUUGCAGAUCGAAACGCAAAUACUUCAUCUAUCUCUGCCGGGGCACCCGCUCCCCCUAUACCUCCACCUGAGCUUUCAAAAUCUGGAAAAUCCAUCACGAAGAAACAACGGAAGGAGCUUCGAAACAAAACCGCCGGUUCUGACUGGUUUGAUAUGCCUGCCCCGUCUGAAUCCGAACUCCCUCGAUUAUACCGCGAAGUAGAAGCAAUGCGACUUCGGAACCAGUUGGACCCAAAGCGGUUCUAUAAAAAAGAUGAAGGAGAAGGAAAGGGAAUUAAAGGCCUACCAAAACAUUUUGCUAUAGGCACAGUUGUUAUAACAAAUACACCAUUUGGUGGUGGUGGGUCUGGACAGGACCUCACACGAGCAGAAAGAAAAAGAACAUUGGUGGACGAGCUGGUGGAUGAUGCAGAGGCUCGGAGGUAUGCCAAGAAGAAAUUCCAGGAUCUUCAGAGCUUUCGGGGCGCGAAGGGAAGGAACACGUUGCACAUUAAAAAUGCUGGUAGGAGGAAAAAGUGGUAG